CUGGCACUCAGUGCCCCAAAAUUAGUCAAACAUACGCAUUGUAGAAAAUCGUCCAGAAUCUGUGAAAAAAACGCAAAUCAGAGCCGAAUAUUUUUUUGCAGUUGAAAAUUGAAAAUACCUCAAAACAAAAAAAAAAGGUACAAACAAAAAUAAACAGCAAACAGCAAACAACAAACAAAAAACCCACAAACAACGAACCGAAAGUGCAAAAAACAGUCUUAGUGCAAUUUUAAAGAAUAGUUUAAAUAAUUUUUGAUUUUUUUUUGAGUGGGAAAGAGAAACGGGAACGAGGAAAAACCCGCUGGGCAGAAACCCGCAGGAAAAACCAUGUCUAAAGUGUAACACGCUGCGUAUACGCAACAAUUUUUUUUGAAGAAGUCACGCAUACGACGCGUUGUGCAAAAUGAUUAUGGUGCAACAUUUGGUGGCUGCCACGGCGCACAAUUUCGCCAGCCAGGCGGCAGCCCUAGCCAAUGUCUCGAGCUCCAGUUCGAGCUCUUCGCUGUCCUCCUCUUCAUCCCUAUCCUCGUCAUUAUCCUCCUCUUCGUCGUCGUCCUCCUCAUCCUCUUCGUCAUCCAGUUCGUCACUGUCCUCGGCCACGCCCACGCCUGUGGCAUCACCAGCGGCAGCAGCUGUGCCAGCUCCAGCAGAGGCCCCGCCAGCAGCAGGCGAGACCCCAGAGGCGGAGGAGCCCAUGGAGGAGGCUGCCAGCCAGGAAGAGCCCAAAACAGAGAAAGAGGUAGAGAAGCUGGUAAAGCUGGAGAAGCAGGAACGGGAACCAGAACCAGGUGCCAUAGAUGAUACCGAGUCAGGGUCGGCGCGGCAAAGUCCAAGUCCAGCUGCGUCUGCGUCUGCGUCCGCUGCCAAGUCCCAGGAGCAAGCGCCAGCCCAAGAAGAGAUCAGCGCCCCAGCGGUCGCCGUCGCCGUCGCCGCGGAUGAGGAGGAGGAGGAGGAGACCGAAUCUCUGGCACCGGACUGCCGUGAGUUCAAAGUGCUGUACAACCAUCUGAGGCAGCAGCAGCACCACCAAUCCUCCCCAGACAAAACUCGCAGCACCCUGGACGAUGUCUCCAAGAUCCUGUGGGAGCGCAAGCAGCAGCUCCAGCGGAGCUCCGUCAUUACCAGCAACGUGCAGGCCGCCGCCGCAACCCAGCUCCUGCCGCAGCCACAGCACAGGGAUCCCGAGGAAAGCCAGCAGCAGCCCAUGAGCGACAUCGAGGACGAAGAGACCCUCGAGGAUGCGGACGAGGCCGAGGCCGAUGCGGAUGUCGAGGCGGACGCAGACGACGAGGAGCUCCUCGAGCAGUACCAGGACGGCUACGACUCGCCCCUGGAUCUGUCCCUGAGCAGCGCCACCAGCGCCGCCGCUAAUGCAGCAGCAGCCGCCUCUGCGGCCAGUCGCCGGCGGGGACGAACCUACUCCGGCACGGAGUCGGACGAUUCGGCCCAGUGCGAGCGGGCGAGGAUGCGCCUCAAGCCGGAGCGGAAGGCGGAGCGUUCGGCGGCCUACAAGAAGAGCUUGAUGAAGCGAUACUAUACCGAAAUUCCUAUUGUCAAACAAUCGACGAGUCCAGCACCACAACAACAGCAGCAGCAGCAGCAGCAUCAGCAGCAACAAAUCCUGCAGCAGCAGCAACACCAGCAGCAGCAGCACAACGGAACCGCCUUUGGUGGUGGCACCACACUGCUGCACAUCAAGACGGAGCAGAACCCGUUGCUCACGCCGCUCCAGCAGCAGCAACAGCAACAGCAGCAUAGCUUACAUGGUGGUGCAACGGGCGGCGGCACCAAUGGUGGUGGCAAUAACGGGAACAACAACAACAGUGCACACCAGCAGCAGCAACAACCACUGGCCAUACCGCACCGGCCCCUGUUGCACAAUCUGCUCAGCGGCGGCGCCAUCCACAAUCCACAUCACAGGAACUACACGACGGCCACAACAGGUUCAUUUCCGCCCAGUCCCGCGGAUAGCGGCGUAUCCGAUGUGGACAGCUCGAGUUCCGGCGGCCAGCCCUGCGCCGACGAGCUGAAGGCGCGCCUGGGCAUGCCCGCUGCCACGUCAGCAUCGGCAGCGGCGGCAGCAGCAGCAGCCGCGGCGACAGCGGCGCACCUCCACACGGGCACCUUUCUGCAUCCGAAUUUAUACCAGAACAAUGCCGCGAAUUCUCUGAGGAACAUAUGGAAUCGCAGUGUUGGGGUGCCCGACAAUUACUAUGGCAGCAGUGGAGGCGGUAGCGGCGGCGGCGUCGGCAAUCCAGGGGCGCCCGGCAACCCCCCGACCCCCAGCUACCUGACAACGUCCUACUUCAACGCACCGACGCAGCAGCAGCGAAGCUCUGCCGUCAACGGCUAUCAUUCCCUGCACCAGCAGCAGCAGCAGCAGACGCAGCAGCAUCAAUCCCAGCAGCAGCAGCAACAAGCGUACGCGCAGCAGCAGCAGCAACAGCAGCACCCGCACUCGCAGCUGGCGCCUCCCUCGCAUCCACAUCCGCAUCCACACCAAACGCAGCAGCAGCACACGCAUUCCACAAUCGCCAAUGCAGCGGCGGCAGCAGCGGCGGCCUCCGUUGUGAGCAGCAGCAGCAGCGCGGUGGCAGCGGCCGCCAUGCUUAGCGCCAGUGCAGCGGCGGCGGCCGCCUCGCAGAGCGUCAUCCAACCGGCGACGUCGAGCGUCAGCUAUGAUCUCUCCUACAUGCUGGAGCUGGGCGGCUUCCAGCAGCGGAAGGCGAAGAAGCCGCGCAAGCCGAAGCUGGAGAUGGGGGUGAAGCGGCGCAGCCGGGAGGGCUCCACCACCUACCUGUGGGAGUUCCUCCUGAAGCUGCUGCAGGAUCGCGAGUACUGUCCUCGCUUCAUCAAGUGGACGAACCGGGAGAAGGGCGUCUUCAAGCUGGUCGACUCGAAGGCGGUGUCGCGCCUCUGGGGCAUGCACAAGAACAAGCCGGACAUGAACUACGAGACGAUGGGCCGCGCCCUACGCUACUAUUACCAGCGCGGCAUCCUUGCGAAGGUCGAUGGUCAGCGACUGGUCUACCAGUUUGUCGAUGUGCCCAAGGAUAUAGUUGAGAUCGAUUGCAAUGGUGUCUGAGAGAGGAGAGGCGAUCGGCAAGAUCAGCAGGAUCGGGCGGCUGUAAAUAGAUGUAAUCCGAGAUCGGUUCAGAUCGGAUCAGAUUCAGAUCGAUGGCAAUAUGUUCUGGGGAGCGUAAUAACCGUAAUAACCGGCUAGCGGCAAUAGUAGCAAGGGAUGGCUACGCGAGGGAGGGAUGGAUUUCCUUGUAUAUUGUAUGUGUUGAAUUUUUUUUCAUUAUGUCUAACGCGGAAGAGUAUAAAUUACAUAGAAUAGAUGAUAGUCCCAAUAUACCCCAGAGAUAUACCCUGUACCACUGUACCCCUGGUCCACAGACACAGACACACACACACCCACACACACACACACAGACAUACACAGAGAGACCCUACAUAAAUAAUGAUCUAUUCAUUGGCGUUAGUGUUGUACUUUUAACUGUAACCUUAACUAUAGUUCUAACUGUACGAUUAAUGAAUAAUGAAUAUUGUUAUUAUUGGUUAUUCUAUUAUUAUCACUAUUAUUAGUAUGAUGAUUAUUAUUAUUGCGGAUGGAAUGGACCGACUCUUACAGAUAUUCGAUAUAUUCGUGGUACGCGGAUGGUGUACAUUCAUAGGAGUACAAGUAGAUAGUACGAGUACAUAUAUAUGUAUAUGUAUAUGGGUACGUGGACGCAUAGCUGCAAGAAAUUCUCUAUCACUAUCCAUCUAUCCACUGUAUAUGAGUAUAUUAUUUUUUUUUUUUAUUGUGUAUGCCCUUAGCCUAAUAUUAUCUUUCAACUGCCCCACAUCCCCCCAGCCCCCGCUGCCGAGGAUAGGCCAGGCACUGAUCGGAUCUGGGAUCUGGGAUGGGAAUGAGGAUGCGUAUGUGUCCUGUGCCUGGGCUUGUCCUUCGGCUAAUUGUUUUUGUUGCUUAUUUUAUUAAGAAGAAGGAAUGAAAUUUAUUUUUUCAUAGUUAUAGCUAUUUCUACGAGUAUAUUUAGGUUAUUUAUUUAAGUUUUUCUCCUUACCCCGCUUACCCACAUCAAAAAUCCUACCAAGCUACACUUCCUAACUGAAGCUACAGUAAGCACCCCGCCCCGUCUUCACAAACUGGUGGUAUAAACUUUCUUGUAAUUAUUAUUUCAUAAGUUUCGUAUAAUUUUACGCAAAACUCACAGGAAAAAUAUGAAAGGAAAGAGCAGAGAGUAACUAAUUUUUCAGGGCUUCCCCCCACUCGAGGGACCCGCACUCCAUAAGCAAUCGUUUAAGCAGUCCUAGAACACCAAAACCAAACUCAAAAACUCUUUCGAUCUGAAGUUUAAUAUAUUUAUAAAGCGUAAACCUAAACGUAAAAGUAAAACUUAACUUCUGUAUUCUUGUAAACGUCACACUGCCACAAAAACCGAGACAAACAGAACCAAGAUUUUGACAAAUAGUUUCAACAACUGCAACUGCAACUGCAACAGCAAUCCUCAAUGCAACACACACCCUUUACAAAAAUUUCAAACACUGCCCAAACGUGCAAUCUCUUGAAAGCAGACAAAACAUGAAUAAGAGAGAAGAGAAACCAACUCCUAGUUCUUUAAUCUACAUCUCUAUAUACUAGUUGCGUUCUCUAAGUACCUUUAUCUAUUAUUAUUAUUAUUAUUAUUCUUACGAGUACGUGUACGUGGAAUGAAGAUGGAAAAUCUACAAUAUAUCAUUUUGUUUAUGAUGAUUGAUUGGUUGAUUGAUUGAUUGGAUGAUUGGAUGAUGCAAAUAAACAAAGUGAGUCUUGAGUUCAACUCUGUUCAUUGUAAACAUUUUUUUGUAUGAUUAUUUUUUUAUUUUUAAAUAAAAUUAUUAUUUCAA